UUAUGCUUUUCCCAGUGACAGCAGUUAAGGGUGAUGAUAAAGCAGUGCCUCUGAGCCAGUGCAGAGUGUCUUCCUUCUCUGAAGGCUUUCCUUCUGACGGAGCUGUCUUCCACCGAGUCACACCCUUGGUCUCUCUACCUCUGUCCUGCGCACACUGACUGGCAGCAGCGGCUCUCUAGGACUGCAGCCUGGGACCAUCUCCCUACCUGGAAAGGCUGCAAUCAGCAGCUUUAAAACGAUAUAGUGUCAAUAUCAAUGCCGCGUUCGAGUUGUAGGCGGGCUAGACUGCAUGCAAAGCAAAGCCAGCGGCUGUAAAAUAAUAUUUCACGUUCAAAUUGUGUACUGUAGUCCAAAUUGGGACCGGGAUGGAAUUCCUUCAGCUACACUCCUCCCGCCAAGCGCCCUCCCUCCCGGGGAGGGGGCGUACAGAGGAGGCAGCCACGCAUGCGCAGGGGGCGGGGAUGCGCUGGAGCGGAGCGCUGCGCAGCUGUUGGCGAGUUCGAGCCGCAACGACGGCAGAGCGACUCGCCGCCGGGAUGUCGGUGCAAUGCGGGCAGGGCCGCGGCGUGCGGUCGGUGCUGGGCACCAUGGAGUUCGGGCGGCGGGCCGCUCCGGAGGCCAGCGGCGCCAUGCUGCGCGCGUUCCUGGGACGCGGGCACUGCGAGCUGGACACGGCGCAUAUCUACGCGGGGGGCGAGUCGGAGCGCAUCUUGGGCGCCUUACUGGCCGCACAGCCCAAAGCUGCGGGUCCAGUCAAGGUGGCCACCAAGGCCAACCCGUGGGAGGGCAACACCCUGAAGGCCGAGUGCGUCCGGUCUCAGCUGGAGACGUCCCUCCAGAGGCUGCAGAUGACGUCCGUCGAUCUCUUCUACCUUCACGCUCCCGAUCACGAGACGCCCGUGGAGGAGACGCUGAAGGCCUGCAAUGAGCUGCACCGAGAGGGGAAGUUUAAAGAACUCGGUCUGUCCAACUACUCCUCUUGGGAGGUGGCGGAGAUCUACACCGUCUGCAAAGCCAACAACUGGGUGCUGCCAACAGUGUACCAGGGCAUGUACAACGCCACGACACGUCAAGUGGAGACGGAACUGCUGCCGUGCCUCAGGCAUUUUGGGAUUCGGUUCUACGCCUAUAAUCCGCUGGCUGGAGGGCUCCUGACUGGGAAAUACAAGUAUGAAGAUAAAGAUUUGAGCCAGCAACCAGCUGGCAGGUUUUUUGGCAACGACUGGGCCCAAAUCUAUAGAGACAGAUACUGGAAGCAGCACCAUUUCCAAGGGGUUGCCUUGGUCGAAAAGGCCCUGCGCGAGACAUACGGCUCAACACCCCCCAGCUUGACCUCAGCUGCCCUGCGCUGGAUCUAUCAUCACUCAAAGCUGCAGGCUGACCACGGAGACGCUGUGAUCAUCGGAAUGUCCACUAUGGAGCAACUGCAGGAGAAUCUCGCAUGCAGCGAGGAGGGUCCUCUCUUGCCCGGGGUGGUCGAUGCCUUUGAGAGAGCCUGGCAUCUCACGGUCCACGACUGCCCCAACUAUUUCCGCUGAAGGCUUGCACUCUCAACGGAAAAUGUGAGUGCUGAUCAGACGCUCCACUCUGUGGGAUCGCGUUUGGCAAUGGAGGUCCCUUUCCCACAAACACACUUUUGCUUCACAGAAUCUCCUCCUACCAGCCCUGCCCUUUCUUAAGAGUGGAGGUGAGCCAACAUCGGUGUGGCCUUAAAUUGAGAGAGCACUUUUUGCCUCUGAGGGUUUUGUUUUUUUUGCAAAACUUUUUCGGUCUGUCUCUCUCCUGCCCUUCUUCAAUAAAACUGUCUCUUCUACCA